AUGAGCGAACAGAGCACCCCGAUAAACGGCGCCGCCGAUGUGAUCCCAGAGGCCUCGAAAGAGCAGUGUUCUUUCUGCUCCUUCAGCUUCUCACGCGACAACCCAAGUGGAUUCCGCCCAAUCGCCAAAGGGAAGUCACUGGACAGUAUACUUCGGUCGGCCGCGAAUUGCCCAUCAUGCUCGCGUCAGAAUGCACUCCUGCACCCUAGAGAAAGCGAGCUGCAUAACUUGGCCCAGGGGAAGAGGUUGGACAUCCAGAUCAUGCGGAAUCCUCAUGAGAAGUGCCUGCGGACGUGUCUGGACUCCCAUACGAAGUGUCGUGAAGGCACCACCCCUGGUUGGCUGCCGACACGGCUCAUAGAUGUCGGGGUUAAAGGGUCCCCCGCGGCUCCAAAGCUCGUCUUCUCGGCCGGUAUUCCUCAAGACGCAGACCGGCGCUACAUCGCUCUCAAUCACCACUUCCAACCGAUGGGUCAACAUACAAGGCCAUGGGCACGUUUGAUUUUUGAGAGAGAAGGCUCAAUAACUCGAAAUGUAGCUCUGCACACGGGCAACCUGGCUUCUUUCGCGGACGCAAUCCCCCACCGGCGGUUACACCAGACGCAUCAGACUGCCAUGUCAGUCGCCCGCCGAUCCGGGGUUCGUUUUCUCUGGAUCAACACCCUGUGCAUUGUACAAAACUCGGCAGCGGAUCAUGACCUGGAGUGCGCCACGUUGGACAUGAUCUACGGUAACUCGCUGCUCACACUCGCAGUCCCGGAAGGUGGUUACGGUCGUAGAGGUUUCUUCGACUGGCCCAACCCUGUCACGACAGCUUCUGUGCGGUGCCUGGGAAACCAAGGCGUCUUUCUAGACGAUACUGGUAGCGUGGCUAGGAGAGCGCCUUACAGAGUGGCAAUCGGCAUCGAUCGUUGGCGGGAGAUGGGCCAGGAGGCAUUGGCGACAGAGGAACAUCUCCUGGCGCCGAGGACGAUCCACUUCGGCCAAAGGAUGACUUGGGAAUGCAGGGAGACGGUAGCAAAGCAGCUUUUUGAUGGAUUGUGUGUCUUCCCCUCAGACCACAAGCCCAAGAUUUGGGAUGGUGGCUUGGGACCCGAGAACAGAGAGAACAGUGCCGAAAACGCUGUGAGUUCUGUCGACACUGCCUGGAUAAUUAUUGAUCGUGAUUACAAAGGGAAUUAA